GCGGGGAGCUCCGGGCGGCAAACCGGGGCGUGUUCCCGAAGGGGGUCGCUGUCGAAAGCAGUGCAGGCGACCGAGCGACCAGGUAGGAGCCGUUGGUGGGCCAGGAGGAGCCAGAAGAGAAGGAAAGGAGCCCUGUGGAGGGGAGCUGCAGGUAGAGCGCCGGUGCUGGAUGGCAUGGGCUUUGCUGUUGACUGCGCGGAAGACGAAGUUGCGUUACCGUUUUACUCCCGGUGCCAAGCCCUGAGUGGAUUAGUGAAUGAAGAAGAUGUUAAAAACUUUAAGCAACCAUCAUAGUAAUGGAUCUCUGUCUAAAAAAUGAGACUGAUUUGGAAGAUGGUGGAUAUAAUGAAAUUCAAAGCACAGAAGAAACUGAACUAACCUUCACUUGUCCAGAUGAAAGAAGCGAAAAAAAUCAUGUUUACUGUCUUCUCAGUAUUAGCGACAUUACAUUUCAACAAGAUGAAAGAGCCAAUGAGUUUAUUAUUGGAACUGGAUGGGAAGAAGCAGUCCAAGGCUGGGGAAGAGCUUCUCCGACUGCCUGCAUCUGGCCAAGGAAGCGGCCAAAGAAGGCGAGGGGAGAAGGUGCUGGCGCUGGCUGCUUGCUCUGUGCCAGUCUCUCCCAAGUGAGCAUUGAGGAUAAGUCUCCAGAGGCUGUGGAGUCGGAGGUAGGGGCUGAGGCUGGCCCAGAGAAGGAUCAGAGUGGUCCCUCCCAGACUCAGGGCUCCUCCCCAGACCCCAAAACUGCUUCCAGGGAGAUAAACAAAACCUGCUUUCCCACAUACUUUCCUGGACAGAAAAAAAGUCUGCAAAUCAAAGAGUUUAUUUGGUGCUCUGAAGACUGGGCCAUCUCCGAGCCUCUGAGGGGCAAGGCCCCCAGGAGUCCUUGCAUAGGCGCUGACAGAAGGGUCUCCAUCUCAGAUGCCCUGACUUCGAAGGCCCUCUUAGUUCUGCCUCCCCUGAAGGCUUCACCCCCAAAUGCCUUGGAUGUCCUGGGCAAGAAGAGUAAGAACUUCCUCUUACAGUCAGAAGAGAAGGUGCUGAAUGUGGAAAAGGAAGAGUGUGUGACUGGUGUCCAUGGAAUGAAACUAGGUGACAGAAAAGCCAUUGAGCUGGCCAAGCACCUCAAGGUCAAGGACUCGCCACCUUUCCCUUCCCCGGUGGCCCAGACAUCCCUGCUGGCUGACGCUCAGCAGUGCCUCCUGCACUGGUCACUCCUGCCUGAGAAAAGCCUGGUGUGCCCUCCCAACCCGAGCAGCGUGCGCUAUCUUGCCACCCUGCAGCUUCUGCAGAAACAGGGAGUGCAGAACUACAAAGCCAAGUUCAAAGCCAAGGAGCAGAGACCUGUGAUCGUCCAAAAGCACAUUCUCACUGAGGCCAAGCAGGAAAAUGGGCCCCAAACUGUGGAUUCCAAACUGUUCCCAAGCCCCCUUUUGCCAUCGCUCACAGUGAGCAGGGUUGUUAUUCCCAUCUCCACCCACAGACUCCUCUGAGCCGUCACAAGAGUUCCCUGGGAGGAAGCACUGCGCGGAGGUCCUUAACCCUCCCUCUCUCCUCUCUCCCCUGAUUCUCCUUUCUCUGUCUCCCUUCUCUGUCUCUCUCAUCCUCUUUCUGUAGCAGAAUCAGAGGAAGUCGCACCUCCCUGGAUGGGUUGGGUUUAUUCUCUACGACACCAUUUUAUCUGUUACCUGCUUCUGCCGCUCAGCUCUCCGCAAGUGCCGGCUGGUAAUGCCUGUCUGCCUCUGCCUGGCUUUCCUCUACUCCCAGCGGGAGGAGCUGUGUGGAAGGUGGGGAACCACGGGGCCUCCCUAAGGCAGCCUGCAGCCGUGUGGCAGGGGCUUUUUCUGCCCCUCCUCAGUGCCAUAAGCACGCUGGACUGGUUUCUGCCAAACUGCUUCCUUAACCAGGCAGUCAUCUAUCUGCUGCUUCAUUUCUUUCUUGCAACAAAGAUCUGAAACAUGGCUUUAAUAGAAAACUCCAGGCUGUGUCUAAGUGAAUGUCCUGCGUCCAAAAUGUCCUACCUGUGGGUACGCGCUGCCCGUCACCUCUCACGUGUCCAGGGUGCCGUAUCCUCAUGCCCAUGAGUAUGUGCUGUCCAUCACUCCCGCAUGUCGGGCGUGCUGUGUCCUCACAUGCCUGGGGGUGUAUGCUGUCGGUCACCUCCCAUGUGUCCAGCUUGCAUGAUCCCCACAUCAUACGGUGGGUAUAUGAUACCUGUCUGCUCCUGUAUGUCCAGGGUGCCAAGCCUCGUUUUACUGUCUUAAUCUCUAAGUGUGAAGGUUUUAGCCAUAGUUAUCAAAAUCCUGCCUGGAAAGCAGGUUUAAAAAAAUUCCUUUUUUUUUUUAAAUGUCAUUGUGAUUAUUGCCAUUUUAUAUGUUUUCUCUGGCCUUUCAUUCUGGACGGGAGCUGUUACCAUCUCCCGCCUGCCCUCUGCCCUCAUUUUACCCCAGUGCCUGAGGUUGUAUAUACAUUAAACAUUUGUAAAUGAGUUAUAUUUUAGAUGUCAAGUGAUGUUACUGUACAGACAAAUGCUCUGACAUACCGUUUGUAAUAUGAGUGGCCAUUAAGCUACUUUCUAAUGACCUAGUUUGUAUUUGCGCUGUUCCUGGACUCCGGGCGUUCUGUUUUUAAAUA